AUGAGGUCGCUUCAGUCACCAGUUGUAUGCCCUGCGAUACGUCCAAGACAAGUAAGUGCAUGCGCUUCGUCACUCGUCAGAAGCCAAUUCUGGGGUAAUCGAACAAAAGGCAUCGCCGUCAAGUCUCACGUCACUCUUCGUCUACAUCCUCGUCGGUGCAGCAACAAGAGCACCGUCAAGUGCGUUUUCAGCUCCCACUCUGAUGGUAACGGAAGCACCGCUGAGAAUUUCAACGAGAACGAUGAGGAAUUCGUCAACUCUAGCGUAGUUGAAGCUGUUGAGGUAAGGAGUGGAGAAGAUGGUUUCAUGGUGAAUAUGAGAGACGGUAGGCAACUAAGAUGUGGUCAUAACAAUCCUCAAGGAGGUCAUUUGCCAGAUUAUGCUCCACAUCCUGCGAUUGUCUUGAAAAUGGAAGAUGGCACUGGUCUUCUCCUUCCUAUUAUCGUCUUGGAGAUGCCUAGUGUGUUACUUAUGGCAGCAAUGACGAAUGUCCAAAUUGCAAGACCAACCAUGUAUCAAGUGGUGAAGGAAAUGGUGGACAAGAUGGGUUACGAAGUUAGACUUGUUAGAGUCACCAAAAGAGUUCACGAGGCGUAUUUUGCUCAAUUAUACCUUUCAAAGGUGGGUAAUGCGUCUGAUUGUGUCAGCUUCGACCUUAGGCCAUCAGAUGCAAUUAAUAUAGCUGUUAGAUGCAAGGUACCUAUCCAAGUGAACAAGUACCUUGCGUAUAGUGAUGGAAUGAGAGUUAUCGAGUCACGGAAGCCAUCGACCACACCGGCACCUGCUUCUGAUGGUUUAUUAUUUACUGAACAAGACCGACCAAAUGGUCAGGAUUGUCUUGAUACGAAAGAGUUCAAUAUUUUGAGCAACAUGAUGCAAGCUGUUAAUGAAGAGAAAUAUGAUGAAGCCGCUGAGUGGAAAAACAAACUUGGCCAGUUUCGGGCGAAGCGCAACCUGAAGAAAUACACAUAA